UUUUCUCCAGCCAGCUGGGCAAAAUACACUCGUCGAUUUCCUUGAUUUGACGUUUCCUGUGUCGAAUUUUGCGAUCGCCGAUUCCGACUAGUCCUUUGCCGACACCCGUCCACGAUGACGACCAUCCCGUUGAUGUACGCCGACGACCUCGAGAGCGGCAACGAGGUCAAAUACGACGACGACGGCAAAAACAAUGUUCUCAAGGCACACGUCAGUAUUCGAAUGGCAUUUUUGCGCAAAGUGUAUGGUUUGGUGUCCCUGCAACUGCUCUUCAGCACCAUCAUGGGCGCCGUCUGUCUCCUUCAGCCAACCAUCAGGGAGUUUGUCCAUUCAAACCACUGGUUGGUGAUUUUGGCCAUGUUCCUCAGCAUGGGCAUCCUGGUUGCUCUGCACAUCAAGAGACAAGAGGCCCCUGCCAACUUCAUACUCCUCUCGGCCUUUACUGUGGUCCAGGCGUACACGGUGGCGGUGAUUGUCACCUUUUACGAGCAGGCAGCUGUCCUUCAGGCUUUCCUUCUGACAACCUGCGUAGUGGUCGGAUUGACCGUCUACGCACUCCAGACCAAAAAGGACUUCUCUUCUAUUGGAGCAACAAUUUUUGCUGGCCUUUGGAUUUUGCUGAUUGGAGGUCUGCUGCAAAUUUUCAUUCAAAACACUUUGUUCGAGUUGGCGUUGUCCGUCGGUGGCGCCAUUCUCUUCUCCUUCUUCAUCAUUUAUGACACUCAGAUGAUUAUGUACAAGGUGUCGCCUGAGGAGUACAUUUUGGCCACCAUAACCCUUUACAUGGACAUCAUCAAUUUGUUCCUGCACAUUCUCAGAAUCUUGGAAGCUGCCAGGAGGCAGUAAAUUUGAGUUGAAAUUAAUUAAAAACAAGGUCUUUGUUGUGAUAUGUAAGGAUAAAGAAAAGUUUUGUUGUGAGGAAAUUGUAGCAAAAAAUAUUUGCAAAGCAAAGCACAAUAUAA